AGCAGAGAAGAAGAAAAUCCGUCAAAAUUUUUGCGUUGCAAAACUCAACGGCCAUGGGAGCUGCCGUGACUCCCUGGUCAUCAACAAUGAUGAUGGAUAGAAUAUCGUUGGACGAUAUGCCGCAUAAAGGUAGAGGUCACAGUGGUGUCAAUCAAUUAGGCGGUGUCUUUGUAGGCGGCCGACCUCUUCCGGACUCGACGAGGCAAAAGAUUGUGGAGUUGGCGCAUUCUGGUGCACGCCCUUGUGAUAUAUCGAGAAUUUUACAAGUGUCAAAUGGCUGCGUCAGUAAAAUAUUAGGAAGAUAUUAUGAAACUGGCAGCAUUCGACCCCGAGCAAUUGGAGGCUCAAAGCCUAGAGUUGCAACGCAAGAAGUCGUCACAAAAAUAUCAGACUAUAAACGCGAAUGUCCGUCGAUAUUUGCUUGGGAGAUUCGUGAUCGAUUACUGCAAGAAGGCGUGUGCACUAAUGAUAAUAUACCAAGUGUGUCUUCAAUAAACCGUGUUCUGCGCAACUUGGCAGCACAAAAAGAGCAACAGCAGAGUCACUCAACGCCAAGUCAUUCAAACAACACAUCAAUCAGUAGCUAUCAGCCAACAACACUUGUCAAUGAUUCGAUUUAUGAUAAACUACGCUUAUUGAACAACAAUCACCGUCAUCAGUCGAUACGCGAUUCAUGUUGGCCACCACGCAGCCCAACAUGGUAUCCACAUUUAUCAAACACUCACCAUCAACAAGAUGGCAACAUUGCAGUUAAUGACACGACAACAAAUCAUCUUACAACAGGCUUGAUGUCGCCUCAGUCAACGACGCCCAUUAAAGAAUAUUCGUCACUUAGUCCCAACUCUUGUAAAGCAUCAUCAAUCAACGAUGAUAUGACAAAAACGGCUUCAAAGAAAGGGGAGUUGGAAACGCAAUCGGAUGGAAACCUUUCCGGUGGCGAGGGUGAGAAUUCCAACACUGAUUCGACCAUUGACACUGACGAUGAUCAAGCGAGAUUGAGGCUGAAAAGGAAAUUGCAACGUAAUCGUACUUCAUUUUCGAAUGAUCAAAUUGAUAGCUUGGAGAAAGAAUUUGAAAGAACUCAUUAUCCAGAUGUCUUUGCCAGGGAACGUUUGGCUGUUAAAAUUGGACUACCAGAAGCAAGAAUACAAGUUUGGUUUUCAAACAGAAGAGCAAAAUGGCGACGGGAAGAAAAGUUGAGAACUCAACGUUUAUCAACUCCAAACAGCAACAAUAACAACAACACUUUAAAUGUCAAUAAUAAUGAGAUUAGCUGUGCCAAUGACACAAAUUCAUCUUCGGAAACAAAUCCAAAGGCAAAUGUUCCAAACGGUUCGUCAAAUAUGAACAGCAUGCUGCAUAAUCAACAUCUUGGUGGUAACAUGACCGACACCCACAACAGUGGAAUUAUUGGCGACAUGCACAAUCCACUUAUUAAUGGAAAUCAUCAUUUGUCAACACCGUCGAGCUUAAUCACUCCAACAUCAUCAGCAGCAUCACUUUCGCCACCGAGAUUCAACUUCAAUCAUGGCUUUUGUAGUACAAUGAGUCCAAUGUACACUCCACAAAUGUCGAUUGCUGAUUCAUACAGUUCAAUGCCAUUCUCCCAUCCACCCAUCAGUUCCAUGGCGAGUUUAUCAGCAAACCCUUUGGGUCUUCAACAACAACAUCAACAGCAUAAAUAUGAACAACAUCAACAUCAACAAUCACAAUAUCAUCAACGGAAUGAUGAUAUGACUCCAUCAACAUAUCAAUGUCACAUGUCUCGAUUGAAUAUUCCAUCGCCAUCGCUGCAAUCCCUUCACCAAGGUUCUCAUUCUAGUUUAUCUGCUCUUCAGAAUCAUCAUUCGUACUCGUCGACUUCAUCAUCGCCACAUAAUUCAGCUGCUUUAGAUGUUCCAUCAACUCAUCCUGUUCCUUCUGUUACUCCACCUUCGUCAUUAGCACCACCAAGUUCUCUUUAUUCAUACGAUCCAAUUAAUUUAGGUGGUUAUGGCACAAGAUUAUCACCAUGUGGUUCAACUGACAACUAUCAACUUAAUGGAGGUUACACAAAUGGAAAUGGCAGCACGGGAUUAAUAUCAUCAUUGCAUAAUCCAUCAUCAUCCGACAUGGCCCAUUACUUUUUGCGACUUCAAUGAUUUUAAGAAGACAGAAAAAUGAAAGAAAAUAUUUAGAUAAGUUUACUGAUCUUGCCCACUAAUCAUAACUUAACCGCCAAAUUAAAAAGAAUUCAAUGAAUGUUUUAUUGAAUGUGUUUUGUCUUCGAUGACAGUGACGACUAUGAACAUAAAGAAAAUAAUAAAAAAAAAAAGAUGUUUUCGGCAAAAAGCCACACAAUUAUCAUAGUUCUCAAAUUUAUUGGAGAGUGUUUUCCAUGUACAAAAAGAAAAAACUUUUUUUUCGAUAAUUAAUUAAAAAUAAACAAAAGAAAUGGAGUAAUAAAGUAAUUAUCAUGUGACAGAUUAAUUUCAGUUUUAUUUUAUUAAAAUUGUUAAAUUUCUGAAUUGAACAGUUUUUAAAAUAUUUUUUUAAGGUUCAAGGAAAGUUUGAAUUAUGCGAAAAUUAAGAAAUUUAGAAUUCAAACCAAACAUUUGGGAAUUCCCGGAAACAUUUCAAUAAUCAAUGUACGUCGGUUCACCAUUUAAUGAAUUUUUUGAAAAGUCCAAUCCACUCAUAAUGAAGUUGAAGCUGUUUGGUGGAAGAAUAUUUGAUGUAGCUGGUAAGUAAGUUGUUGUUUCAAAGUUUGAGAAAUGAUGAAUUGAAUGAUCUGAUAAUUGAGGUGGAUCGUGAUGUGUUGGUAGAGAAAGAAGUAAAGAUGAAGCUGAAUGCGUUGAAAUUGCGUUGAAGGUUGGAGUUGAUGUAGUGUUGUUGAUGAGAUUCAUUGGGUUUAAGGCCUCUGGCAAUAAAGAUUGUUGAGUCACUGAAUAAGAAGUGUUUGUUGAAUUUUGUAAUGGAUCUUGUUGCUGCAGACAAUUCGAUGUGCUUUGCGGUGAUCGAUUUUGUUCAGAAAUGCAAACUUGUGCUUCAGUCGGUGAAUUUUCUUUCAAAAGUUCAGGAAUAAUGUACGAACAUUUCUUCGCAGGUUUCAUUUGUUCUUUAUCCUUCACCUUAUCGGGUGACAUUUUAAAUUUACUGUUUUUAUUGUGUGAUUUCAUAUGUCGAGCUCUUGAUGAACUUUGGUUGAAUUUUGCGUUGCAACCUUCGCGUUUACAAAUAUAAGGCUUCUCGCCAGUAUGAAUUCUUCGAUGUGCAAUAAGAUUGCUGCUAUUUGAAAACACUUUGUUACAGUUAAAGUUAUCGCAUUUAUACUUUUUCAAUCCAUAAUGUACAUUCUUGAUGUGAACGUUUAAAUAAGCUGUUUUGUAGAAAGAUUUUCCACAAAUCUUGCAAAUUUUACUUUUAACUUGCGAAUGCGUUCCUUCAUGUGACUUCAAUUCGGAAGCAGUUUUGAAAGCUUUGCUGCACAAUCCACACGAAUGAUCUUUAAUUCCUGUAUGAAUCUUAAGAUGCACUUUUAGAUUGCUGGAUGUGCUGAAGAGCUUCGGACAUCGUUCACAUGCGAACGGCUUUUCUUUCGUAUGCGUUCUUAAAUGAAGAUUUAGAUUUGAGAUUUGUGUGAAUUUUUUAUGGCACGUAUUGCAUUCAUAUGCUUUGUAGUUCGAGUGAGUGCGUAAAUGAAGCUCCAUGUAACCUUUGUAGUGAAAUAUUUUCCCACAUUGGAAACAUUGUUCAGGUUGCGCCAGAUCCGCAACUUUUUUUCUUCUCUUUUGCUUGAAGAUUUGAAUUUUUGAUGCAUUUUCACUCUUCAUUUUUUCUUUGUGAGUCUUUAGAAGUUCAUCCAAUUGAAGUUUGUCUUUGAUUGGCUUUGUCUUUGCUUUAACUUUCUUUACAACUUUUUUUAAUAAAUUUCCAGAAUUUAAAUCUAAGCACGCUCGAUCAAUGUUGAGAUAAUCAGUGGAUUUAAUAUUGGUGUCAAUAUCAUUGUUUAAAACUAAUGGUUGAUAGUUUAUAUCUUGCUCAUCUCCUUCAUUACCGAAGAACUCUUGAACUGCCGCUUGAAUAUCUCGCUCAUCCACAUUCGGCUCACCUUGAUCAGGAAUUGAAGUUCUAAGAAAUUCUUGAAGUUUUUGAUCGGAGUUUUUACAUUGUUGUUGAAAUUGAAAAGCUAUAUUUAGUUUGUAACGACAAUCCCCACAGAUAGAAGACGGUGCAUUAACUUUAUUGAAAACCUGAACUUGUGACGUCUGUAAAAUCAUGUCGCAAAUUUGCAUUCCUGAUGUUACAUCAACAGAAUAGAGGGACAUUAAGUCGUUUUUCUGCUCGAGACACGUCCUAC